AUGAAUCUCAGAGUAUCACCUUGGUUUAUUGAAAGGGUAGGUCUCGUGUUCUUGAUUCUUGAAGACGAAGCACCCACCAAAAGGAAGACGGAACAAAAGAAAGACAAGAUUGUGAAGACGAAGAGUAGCACCUGUGCACGUGCUUUCACCAAACUCGCUCGACUGCGAGCACAACUCCUCGAGCCAGGACCCGGUGCCGGCUCCGGCGGCGGUACAGGUUUCGAUGUCUCCAAAUCCGGCGAUGCUCGAAUAGCCCUGGUCGGCUUCCCGUCCGUGGGUAAAUCGACGUUUCUAUCCAAGAUCACCAAGACCAAGUCCGAGGUGGCGGCAUACUCCUUCACCACACUUACCGCCAUCCCCGGCGUGCUCGAGUAUGGGGGUGCGGAGAUCCAGAUUCUGGAUUUGCCUGGUAUCAUCGAAGGUGCCUCGGAGGGGAAAGGAAGAGGACGACAGGUCAUCAGUGCGGCAAAGACAUCCGACCUAAUCCUAAUGGUUCUGGACGCGACAAAGCGCGCCGAACAGCGCGCCUUGCUCGAAGCCGAGCUCGAAGCCGUCGGGAUCCGCCUCAACCGCGACCCACCCAACAUCUACCUCAAGGCCAAAAAGGCCGGGGGCAUGAAAAUCACCUUCCAAUCGCCCCCCAAAUACCUGGACGAAAAGAUGCUGUACAACAUCCUACGUGACUACAAGCUCCUGAACUGCGAAGUACUCGUGCGCGACGAAAACGCCACCGUGGACGAUUUCAUUGAUGUGAUCAUGAAGGACCACCGCAAGUACAUCCGCUGUCUGUACGUAUACAACAAGAUCGACAGCGUCACGGUCGAGUAUCUGGACGAGUUGGCCCGCGAGCCGCACACGGUCGUCAUGUCGUGCGAACUGGACCUGGGCGUGCAGGACGUGGUGGAAAGGUGUUGGCAGGAGUUGCGCCUCAUGCGCAUCUACACGAAGCGACAGGCCGUGGAUCCGGACUUUGGGGAGGCGCUGAUUGUGAGGAGUGGUAGUACGAUCGAGGAUGUCUGUGACCAGAUCCAUCGCACGCUGAAGGAGACGUUCAAGUAUGCGCUCGUCUGGGGCGCCUCGGCGAAACAUAUCCCGCAGAGAGUCGGGCUGGGGCAUGUGGUUGCGGAUGAGGAUGUGGUGCAGGUGGUGAGUGCGUGGAAAGCCUGA